CAGUGAGCGGGCACAGGAAAGGAGAAGGAAGGGCAGGCCGCCUCCCCCCGCUCCUCCCUUGCCGUCUCUCAGAAGCCAGGUGGCGGCGAAGAGCGCGGGCGGAGAGGGGAGCGCUGCCGGCGGGAACGGCAGGAGCCUGGUGGGAUCUCAGACAACUCACCCUGCUGAGAAGGACACGUGCCUACAUCCCUGUGCAAGUCAGCAGGAACUGCAGAUCUGUGUCUGGAUAAUGCUGGCAGAGAGCCACUAAAGUCGUCUCCCCUUAGCUUACCCAGACCUCUCCCAAGAUGGUUUCCUCAACUGAAUAUGGGUCACACACCUGGGACCUCUUGCUGACAGUUGAUCAUCAACAUGAAGGUGUAGAAAAGGAAAUUCCAUUACAGGUCACAGGGGACCUUCAUGUUGGAGGACUGAUGCUGAAAUUAGUAGAAAAAAUCAAAAUAGCACAAGAUUGGUCAGACUAUGCUUUUUGGUGGGAACAAAAAAAAUGUUGGCUUCUGAAAACCCACUGGACGCUGGAUAAAUGCGGGGUGCAAGCAGAUGCUAAGCUGAUCUUUACUACUCAGCACAAAAUGCUGCGGCUUCGCUUGCCAAACAUGAAGACUGUGAGACUGAAAGUCAGCUUCUCUUCCAUGGUGUUCAGAGCUGUCAGUGACAUCUGCAAAAUGCUCAAUAUCAGGCGGCCAGAAGAACUCUCUUUGUUGAAGCAAUCAGAAGGCACACUCAAAAAGAAAAAGAAAAAAGACAAGAACAGCAAAGAACCAGCUACAGAAGAUAUCUUAAACCUGUGCAACUCUCCAGUGGGUUCUGGAUUACCAGCCAAUCCAGGUUUAUACAGUAAGACCAUGACACCCAUUUAUGAUCCUGUCAGUGGCUCACCAGCUUCUUCCACCAUGACUUGGUUCAGUGAUGGUUCCACAGCUGAGCAGAGCUGCAGCAUCCUGGCCCUCAGCCAUCCCACGUGUUCCCCAGAGAUGCUGGCAGAGAUGUACCAGCCACGGACUUUGGCUGACAAAGCCAAGCUCAAUGCAGGCUGGCUGGAUUCAUCUCGAUCACUUAUGGAACAAGAUGUUCAGGAGGAAGAUCAACUUCUUCUACGCUUUAAAUAUUACACUUUCUUUGAUUUGAAUCCAAAAUACGACGCCGUGCGCAUCAACCAGAUCUACGAGCAGGCGCGCUGGGCCAUCCUGCUGGAGGAGAUCGACUGCACCGAGGAGGAGAUGCUCAUCUUUGCAGCACUGCAGUACCAUGUAAGCAAGUUAUCAUUAUCAUCAGAGACACAAGAUUCCACCUGUGAGUCGGAAGUGGAUGAAGUAGAAGCCGCCCUUUCCAAUCUGGAAGUGACACUGGAAGGUGGAAAUAAAAGCAACAUUUUGGAGGACAUCACAGACAUCCCGAAACUUGCUGAUAAUCUCAAGCUAGUUAGGCCCAAGAAACUGGCACUCAAAGCUAUCAAGACAUAUUGGUUUGUCUUCAGAGACACUUCAAUAUCUUAUUUUAAAAACAAGGAAUCUGCACAGGGGGAACCUAUUGAGAAACUAAACCUGAAAGGAUGUGAAGUUGUACCAGAUGUAAAUGUUGCAGCAAAGAAGUUUGGAAUCAAAUUACUAAUUCCUGUUGCGGAUGGCAUGAAUGAAGUAUAUUUAAGAUGUGAUAAUGAGGACCAGUACGCUCGGUGGAUGGCUGCUUGUGUUUUGGCCUCCAAGGGCAGGACGAUGGCCGACAGCUCCUACCAGCCCGAGGUCCAGAAGAUCCUUUCCUUCCUGCAGAUGAAGAACUGGACCAUGUGUUCCCAGGCUGCCUCUGAGCCAGAGAAUGUAGAUAUGAAACCAGAGUGCUUCGUCUCACCACGUUAUACCAAAAAAUUCAAGUCAAGCAGGUACCUGAGUCUGACUGCCCGAAUUCUGGAAGCCCACCAGAAUGUGUCCCAGAUGUCCCUGGUGGAGGCCAAGCUGCGUUUUAUCCAAGCCUGGCAGUCCCUGCCUGAGUUUGGUUUAUCCUAUUACGUUGUAAGGUUUAAAGGAAGCAAGAAGGAUGAUGUGCUUGGGGUGUCCUACAACAGGCUGAUACGGAUAGAUAUGGCCACAGGAGAUCCUAUCACUACGUGGAGGUUCUCCAACAUGAAGCAGUGGAAUGUGAACUGGGAAAUCCGCCAGGUUGCCAUCGAGUUUGACCAGAACGUGUCCAUUGCUUUCACGUGCCUGAGUGCAGACUGCAAAAUCAUCCAUGAGUAUAUUGGGGGCUACAUCUUCUUGUCAACACGUUCCAAGGACCACAAUGAAACGCUGGAUGAAGAACUCUUCCACAAAUUAACUGGAGGUCAGGAAUGAGAUGGAGUAAACUCUCUUCCCACUGCCUGCUUCUUCUUAUAGCUAAGACUACCAGAGAUUAAACAAAAAUAUCUCUGAUUGUUAAUUGCUGGCAACUAAUUAGUGUACGUGUCAGUCUUGUACUAUGACUGGGAUGGUUUACAGUUUUUGUUAAAUACUGAAGUUAAGGUCACUGGAUGAAGCAUGGCAACUCCAUCAUCAGUACUCAAGAAAAUUGAAUCAUCUUUGUUUUCCUUUUGUACAGCCCAGUGUUUUUAAACAAACCGUGUCUAGCCACUGGACUGUUUUUUAAUCUAGGAUUUUUAAUUGCAGCAAUCUGUUUAGGUAUCCAGAACAAGGAACUUGAGGAUAUGGUACAGUGAAUUUUCUUCUCUGUUACAGCCAGGCAAUUUCCAUUGUUAAACUGGCAAUUGUUAAAGAGCCCAGCAUUUAUCAGAACUAAGGCUGAAUAAAUAUGUAUUUCAAAGCUCCACAGUUUGUCUAACAUUUACCCUGAGAACACAAAACAUUCCAAAGUCCUGCAGACAAAGCUAUUGAAACUCCUGUAGUGGUUACUCAGUUGCUCAAAAAUGUAGAACCUAUGUCCACCUUCACCCACUGAAGUGGUUUCAUGAAAGCCAGAGAAGCCACAGAGCGUUCAUCUUGGCAACGCUGGAUCCAAGAGGUUCAUCUUUUGAGGAACAUUGUUACUUACCUGGUUGAAAAAUGUGCUUUAGGAACUAUCUAAAACUAUUAAA